AUGUCUGACACAGAGAUAAAGAACAAAAGGGGUGACAGACUGGGAUGUUCUCAUUUCUUAAAGAAGGAGAAGGAGAACAAGAACAAGAAGAAAAAGGAGAAGAAGGAGAUUAAGAAGAAGAACAAGAAGAACAAGAAGAAGAGCUAUAAGAAGAACGAGAAGAAGAAAAAGAAGGAGAACAAGAAGAACAAGAAGAAGAGCAAUAAGAAGAACGAGAAGAACAAGAAGAACAAGAAGAAGAACAAGAAGAACAAGAAGAAGAGCAAUAAGAAGAACGAGAAGAAGAAAAAGAAGGAGAACAAGAACAUGAACAAGAACAAGAAGAAGGAGAAGAAGAACAAGUAGAAGAAGGAGAAGAAGGAGAUUAAGAAGAAGAAGAAGAAGAAAAAGAAGGAGAACAAGAAGAAGAGCAAUAAGAAGAACGAGGAGAAGAAGGAGAAGAACAAGAAGAACAAGAAGAAGAGCAAUAAGAAGAAGAAGAAGAGCAAUGAGAAGAACGAGAAGAAGAAAAAGAAGGAGAACAAGAACAAGAACAAGAAGAAAAAGAAGGAGAAGAAGAACAAGAACAAGAAGGAGAAGAAGGAGAUUAAGAAGAAGAAGAAGAAGAAAAAGAAGAAGAGCAAUAAGAAGAACGAGAAGAAGAAAAAGAAGGAGAACAAGAACAAGAACAAGAAGAAGGAGAAGAAGAACAAGAAGAAGAAGGAGAAGAAGGAGAUUAAGAAGAAGAAGAAG